CCCCGCCGGCCGUCACGUGGGCCGGUCCCUACCGGGGCCGCCGUAAAGAGCCAGAGCCAGAGCCAGAGCCGCCACUUCCCCGCCGGGCGCAGCCAGGGACGCACCCACGGGAGACAGGGAGGCGGCAGGGGGGGACACCGGGAGAGGGCAGCCCCUCUCUUCCAAGGGGUCCUGCUGGUUUGUUUUUUCUCCUGCCUUCCCCUUGAGCUUCAGUGUAUUUUUUUUUUUAUUUUCUUUUUUAAAUUUUUAUUUUCCUGGGAUUUCCCUGGAUGGUCUGAGCACAGCUCCAUGCCCCCCCUGCCAUGCCCGGCUCCGCUCCCGGCACGCUGCCAUGUUCCUCUGAGUGAGCCCCUCGGCACCGCCGGGCCGCAGCCGGCCGGGCCCUGAGCAGCCUCCGCCGCCGAGUUCGGAACAUGUAUCAGGGUCUGGCCCUCACCCCCAACCAUGGCCAGUCGGCUUAUUCCCACGACUCCAGCAACUUCCUCCACUCGUCGGCCGGCUCGCCCGUCUACGUGCCCACCACCCGGGUGCCCUCCGUCCUCCAGACGCUGCCCUACCUGCAAGGCUGCGAGCCCCACCAGAGCCACCUCGGCAACCCCCCGGGCUGGGGGCAGAGCGGCGGCGAGGCCGCGGCUUUCAACGCCGGCAGCCCCCACCCUCCGUCGGGCUUCUCGUACUCGCACAGCCCGCCGGGCAGCAGCCCCUCGGGCCGAGACGGCGCCUACCAGGGGCCCCUGCUGCUGGGCGGCGGGGGCCGGGAGCAGUACGGCAACGCCUUGGUGCGCUCCGUUAACGGGUCCUACUCCAGCCCCUACCCCGCCUACGUGACCCCCGAAAUACCGCCUUCCUGGACCGCCGGACACUUUGAGAGCAGCGUGCUGCACAGCCUGCAGACGAGGCAGGCGGCCUUGCCCGGCCGCAGGUCCACUUUCGAAUACCUGGAGGAGUUCCCCGGGGACGGCCGGGAAUGCGUGAACUGCGGAGCCAUGUCCACCCCGCUCUGGAGGAAGGACGGCACCGGGCACUACCUGUGCAACGCCUGCGGGCUCUACCACAAAAUGAACGGCAUCAACCGGCCCCUCAAACCGCAGAAGAGGCUGUCUUCAUCGAGACGUGCUGGCCUUUGUUGCACUAACUGCCACACCACCAACACCACCCUGUGGAGAAGGAACGCCGAGGGCGAGCCCGUCUGCAACGCCUGCGGCUUGUACAUGAAGCUCCACGGGGUACCACGACCUCUGGCCAUGAAAAAGGAAAGCAUCCAGACGAGGAAAAGGAAGCCUAAAAACAUUACCAAAGGCAAAGCCUCAACAGGAUCCACGACUUCGGCCACUAACUCCCCUUCUUCCAUUACCAACUCAGACAGCACGGUCACUUUAAAGUCAGAGCCCAGCACAACCUCACAGUACCCAGGACAAACCAUCGUGUCGGUGUCCCAGGCACAGAGCCAGUCGGACGAGGCGCUGGCCGGCGGCCACGGCGAGUUCAAGUUUGAGCCCGAGGACUACAGCUUCUCCCCCAGCAGCAUGGCCCCGCAGCCAGGGCUGAGCGUGCCCCUCCGGCAGGACUCCUGGUGUGCCCUGGCCCUCGCCUAGGAACCCCAGCCUCCAGCAGAAAGCCUCGGGACCAAUGUCUUCAGCUGUCGACGGGCAGGAGGAUGAGCUGCCCCAGAACCUCGGGACUGCGGGGGUUGAGACACAGGACAGGUUUCUCUUGGAGGAUUCCCAUGGAAAACGCCAGCUGCAUGGGGCUGGGGUGACCCCGCUGUGGCACCAGCUCCCCAAAAAGCUCAUCCCACCCCAGAGCUACCCAGGGCUGCCUCCCCAAGGCCGGAACCCUGGGGCCGCCUCCGUUUUCUUGGGGAAAGCCUUCCUCCUCUGACAUGAAACCAGCAAAUAAAUGCAUCCCAGAAUCUAUGUUUAUUCGCAGUGAUUUCUCCCUCCUAUGACUCCACUGUGUGCAAUUUAUUCCACUUUCCAAUAAAAGACUGUAAUAACAUGGCACCAAAUAACUUAAUUUUAUUAAAAUGUAAGCUACAUGGCCUGCCUUAUGUUUUAUUGGCCACAACAGAAAGAAAAAAGAAAAAAAAAAAAGAAUGGUUGUUUUAAACAUUUACUGUUUUAUAUUAAAAACUAUCAUCUCUAUAGAGUGUUAGCUUCUGAAGCGUUUUGCAUAUCAACACUGAGCUGAUGAGUCAUAGAUGAAAUAAACAUGCUGCUCUUCCUUAUCCAGCUCCAAACAAAGAGGUUUUUAUUAUUAUUUUAGGCAAAUGGCAUGACAAAAAUGGUCAAAACCUCCCAAUAAUAAAAGAAUACUGAAA